UUCGUUCAAUAGUUCGUUAUGGCUUUAACUGAGUCUCGGCAUAUUCCGUUCUCCAGCGCAAAGUCCUUAAACUUUCUUUGGAUGAGCUUGCGAAUUUUGGGACUGUACCCACCUGAAAAAUAUAAAUAUCUGUACUAUUGCUACUCAGCCUCUAUAAACAUUUUGGUGACAAUUGGAUUCAACGUUUCGAUGUUUAUUUACGCAGUGAACUACGAGAACAAGAGAGAUCUAAUUUCGAAUCUCGCCCAGCUUUCGGGCAGCAUUAUAGUCAGUCUUAAAAUUUUGAAUACGUAUCUUAAACGUGACAAAUUGUUUGAAAUCAGAAAGCUGUUUGCGGAACUGGAUUCACGCGUAGUUGGCGACGAUGAAAAAGAAUAUUUUGAAUAUAUAUUGAAAAUUGGGCGUGGAUUCUUUUUUGCAUUUUCAUUUUUCUGCGGAAUGGCAGGUUUGGUUUGUGAUUUCCCAGCCAUAUUCGAUACGGAACGGCGACUUGCAUAUCCAGCUUGGUUUCCUUGGGACUGGAAACAUUCUACAGUUGGGUUUCAUAUAGCGAAUUUCCAUCAAGUUUUCUCGCUUUUCACAGAGAUAAUUCAGGACGUGAUGUGUGAUACAUACCCGGCAACUCUAAUGUGGCUACUGAAAGGACAUUUGCAUGCUCUAGGAAUACGAGUGCGAAAGAUCGGGUGGAAUAAAGAAAAGUCACUUAACGAAAACUACCUGGAAUUGAGACAGUGCGUUCGGGAGCAUCAGACAUGUUUCAAGGCUUUCCAACUCUGUUGCAAUAUAAACUCGCGGGUUAUGCUGUUGCAGUUCAUCUGUACACAAAUCAUUCUUUGUACCACUGCACUUUACCUAAUAUUCUACAUUAGCGAUAUCUACAAAAGUAUCUACCUUGUGGGAUACUUUACAUGCAUGGUAUUAGAAAUUACAUUCUGCUGCUCUUGCGGGACUGAACUAAUGGAAGAGAGCCUUGGCUUCACUGAAGCAUUGUAUUCAUGUAACUGGAUGGACCAGAAUUCGAAGUUCAAGCAGAUUCUCAUCAUUUCAAUGGAAAACACUCAAACCGCUUGGACGAACUAUGCUGGAGGAAUUAUCAGUAUUUCCCUAACAACAUGGGUCACGGUUUUGAAGUCGGCUUAUUCAUUAUUUGCAGUGUUUGGAAGAAGCUUAUAGGCUUUGAGCUUAAGUUGGAUACUACAGUUUGCCUUCGGUUAAGUACGCCGAUAAAUUUGAUAGAUAAUUUCAUUCUGCGUUGUUUCUAAAAAACCAAUAACAACAAAUAACCAAAAAAGAAGCAAGAAUCCUCAUUAGGAGCAGGCACUGCACUGGUAGUUUAAAUCACAAAUUUUCAUUAUUUUAGUAUUCUUCAGUUAGAUCACUUAGCAAUUUUGAUCACUUGUUGUGCCAUUACUGAAAAAUAAAAACAGUUUUCUGAUUUG